GCGCCGUUUUCCGUCUGACGUGAGACGUCUCACUUCUCAGAGUUCUCAGUCUGUGAUCGGCUGUCACUGCGGUGGCUCGCGUUUGCGUCUAUUUAUAGCAUCUUGUACAUAAGUUACGCCAUAUUUUGUAUAAUAACAAAAUGCCGAAAGUAGUUUUCUACUAUUUCAACGUGAAGUCUUUGGGCGAGGGUGCUCGUAUGAUGCUCACGUAUGGCGACCAGGAGUUCGAAGAUCGCCGCGUCUCCGAUGAAGAGUGGCCGGCUCUCAAGCCAUCGAUGCCAUUUGGCCAAAUGCCGGUAAUGGUGAUCGAUGGCAAGCAAUACGCGCAGAGUUUUGCCAUCUCUCGUUACCUCGGACGCAAGUAUGGACUUAGCGGCAAGGACAUCGAAGAGGACUUCGAGAUCGACCAGAACAUGGAGUACGUGAAAGACAUUUAUGCAACCGGGGCAAUAGUACAGUACGAGACUGACGAGGUUGUAAGGGAAAAAAAACACAAAGAUUUCACAAAGAACGUGUACCCAGCAAUGUUGGACAAACUCGAUGAGAUUAUCAAGAAGAACAAUGGACACAUCGCUGUAGGAAAGAUCACAUGGGCCGAUUUCAUGUUCACCGGUGUAUUAGAUUACAUAAAGACGAUGCUUCGUAUGCCCGAUCUGGAGAAGAAGUACCCGAGCUACCAGCAAGUCAUCGACAAUGUUUACGCCAUCCCUAAAAUAGCAGCCUAUAAGAAAAAUGCGCCGGAGACCGAAUUUUAAGCAUUUGAAACAUUCUCUGUCUGUAACGUUUAAUAUUUUGCCCUUUUAGUCAAUCAUUUUUGGAUCAUAGUGUGAAUUAUUGUGAUCCACGAGUGAUUUUGACAUUAUAAAAGGUAUGUUACCUUAUAAAACAAAACAACACAUGACAAGUAUAAAAGUAAAUGUGAGAAAUAUUGUUACUAAUUCUGCUUUACAGAGCU